AUGAUGGCAGUCUCGGGACCCGAGGAAAUAGCGGUGAUCGGGAACACCGACCUCACCUCCGCAGAACUAGAGAACAACAUUAAAAACACGGUAUAGCUUCAAACCUAUUCUUAUUGUCAAAAAAUUGAGGCAUUUGGAUUUGGCGAUUAGCAAAGCUACGUACUGAGCCUGUUGAAUGAGUUGGGUUUUCUAGCUACUGUAGGCUUUAUCAAUCCACGGAGCUUUGCGAGAGAGCCCCACUGUCACUGAGUCAGUAGCAGCUAGCAGGCUGUGCAGGAAAAUACAGCUAAAAGUUAAAUCAUUGUAAAGUCGACGCAGAGUAAAGUUAGCUAGAUUGUUCUCAUUAACAUGGUUGACUUGAUCAUUUUACCAGGAGCUAGCUUGCUAGCACACAACUUUGUUCUGCUACAAAGUUAAGGGACUUUGCUAACGUUACAGUACUUGUUUUAAUCUAGGACCAGCUUUAGCUACCAAUAUUGAUGCCCCUUAUUGCAUGUAUACAACAUCAAAUUAUACUGCAUUGUUGUUGUUACCAUGUUAUGACUUGUGCAAUAUCCUCUUCUAGAUGGUUGAGAUUGAAAAAGGGACGAGUCUUCUAAGAAAGAUGGAGAUCAGCGUUGGAGAGGCAGAGAAAAGGACUGGGAAGAAUACAGUCAACAUGCUGGAGAUAUACACUGUUUACCUAAUUGAGACACGGUAAAUAUUUAUGUCUCAUCAGCUCUGAAUCAUCUGUGUGAAUGAUCUCAAACUAUUGUUAUAGCCUACAUCUUCCAGCGCAACCAUUUUGUGACACCACCAUGAACAGCUUCUUCCACAAUCACACCUCCACCUCCUUGCACACGUUCAGUCAUUACAGGUGGUCUGACUCUAACAAUGAUGAUUCUAACAUCUGACCGUUUUAGAGAAGUGACUUGGGUACACUCACUUCAUUGUGAAGAUGCGUUCUAAAGGUUUUGUUUAUUCACAAACUGCACAUCACACCAGCUCUCUUACUUACUUUUAGCUAGCUAUACUAUUAACUGGUUUCAUGUCCGGCCACAGAGAGUAGUAUUUUUUUGUUGGUCAAGUCUUUAAAAGGAACCAUAUGUUUUUAUUCUGCUUGGAGCAGGGCAUGCUAUUCCUCAUGCACACACAUGCACGCGCGCGCACACACACUGGGCCUUUGUUUACCAGUGAGCCAUUGAGAGGGGAGUGUGGUGUAACCAGGCCCUCAGUGCAGUUAGACUGGAGAAUGCCCCCCAGCCACUGAUGGAUACCUCCUCUCCUUUGCCUCCUCUCCUUCCUCUUCCUGCUUCUCUGUUCCUCUCUCUUUCUUUCUUCCUGUCCUCUCCUCCUCUCUCUGCUUUGUGGUCCCAGUGUGGAUUAUUAGUGGAGACAGACCAUUAUGGGCUCUCAUUUCCUCCCUUGAGUCUUUGCUGCUGGAUCCACAUCAUAUUUAUAAAGUCGCUAUCUUUCUCUGUCUUUCUCUCUGUCAGUAGUCUCUCUCCUCUUGCUUUAUAUAUACGUUUUAGCAUUGGAGUUCAUAGAAUGUUGGAUAAUUCUGUACUUGGUCCCUUUGAAAUAUGUCUUAUUGAGACAUGUAUCAGAUAUUUACUUGGAACUCUUAUUUAAGUGCAGUUGUAUGAUUUUAGUCUUUUCCUCUCUUCUGACAGGCCGGUUGAUGCUGUGACAGAAGGUAUAACCCCAGCCCCAGACUCCUUAUGGAGGAGAUACAGCGAGUUUGAGCUUCUUAGAAACUACCUGUUGGUCACCUAUCCCUUUGUUGUUGUUGCCCCAUUACCUGAGAAGAGGGUACGUGAGAACAAGGAGGAUGCCUUGGAUGAAAUUAGUGCAGUAUAGUUUAGGAAGUGAUAUUUGUAGCAUGAUGUACUUACUACAGUACCCAUAAUGCUCUGUACAGCAUCCAGUUUUAACUUAGUAAAGACAUUCCUGAAGCUAACAUAAUGGUGUUCCGUCUCCUUAUCAACAUAAUAGUAAUUCUUUGUCUGUUUCUCUCAGGCAGAGAUUGUGUGGCACAAGCUGUCAGCGGACAACAUGGACCCAGACUUUGUGGAGAGAAGGAGGGUCGGACUGGAGAACUUCCUGCUCCGAGUAGCCUCCCACCCAGUUCUUUGCAACGACAAGAUCUUCUACAUCUUCCUCACUGAGGUUAGUUAGCCUCUUUGUAGCCAAGCUACUAUACACCAUAACGGGGUGAAUCGAGCGUGAUUCCAAUCUGUUUGUGCUGUCUUGCUAACUCCCAUAUGUGUGACAAGAACCAUAGGAGUAGGCAAGACGGCACAAACAGAUCUGGGAUCAAGCUCAAGUGAUCCCCAAUCGUUAGCAAAACCCACAUUCUUCCCUCUCAAGACUAAAACAGUACCAGUAGCUAGUCAGAUGUGCUUUUCAUAGGUUUUGACAGGAUAUACCCUUGACAGAAAAGAGAGAUCACAGACGAGGACCAUUUCCUUACUCAGUUUCUUUGUAGCUCUGAGAAUUGUUGUGGAAAUAAUGUCUUAUGAAGUAGGCCUAAAGCUCAACUCUUUACUGACAAGAAUUGUGUGAGUGUUGCUGUAGUUGAAAGGAUCACCUUUGACCUUUGAGUUGAUAGUGUGACAGUGUACCCCCAGUGCCCCCAUUCAUCAGGCUCUCCUAUCUCUGAUGGUCUUUGUCAAAGUCACACGGCAUCCUCUCUCUGUCCCACAGGAAAAAGGAUGGAAGGAAAUGGUGUACGAGACAGGAUUUCAAGCAAAGGUACUCCAUCACAGUGGUGCAAUAAAGUAUAUGUUUGUAAAGUUUGUAAUCCGUGUAAACAAAUGCAUAAAGUGCAUGUGUAUAUUUAGGACUUAGGAUUUAUUUUAAACAACUCUUAAUUUUAAUACUUAUUCUGAUAUGUUUUAGGUCUCAAAGGUAAAGUGUUGUCUAAAAUGAUGCAGGUCCUCAAUAACAAUCUCUGAUUUAACAAAAGUGUGGGGGAAAAAAGUGUUUAUGUAAUUUAUCGGUCUGUUUUUUUACAGGCUGAUUCCAGGUUGAAAGCUAUGAAUGCAGCAUUCAGGGUGAAGAAUCCAGACAAGUAGGCCAUAGAAAUGAUCCGUCCCAAAUUGCACCCUAACCCUACUGUAUAUAGUUCACUGAACUCUGGUCAAAAGUAGUACACUUUAUAGGGAAUAUGGUGCCAUUUGGGAUGCAGCCAUUGUUUUCUUGUCACUGUUUUCUUUUGUGUGAAGUCAACCAUACACUUCCAUCUUCAUGUGUUGUAACUUCAUUUAAUGAGUCUGUCUCUACUAUUCAUCCCAUUGCCCUGUAUUUGAUGUACUUCCAUACUUGGUUCUGGGACUGUGUGGGAAGUAGAGUUGGAUCAGGUCAAUGUAAGUUCGAACAUUGACUCUUGUCUUGUUUAUCUGUCUUGCUGGAAAGAAAGUGUUGAUUUAAGUAGUGAUUGGGUGAAUUCUUGCUCUUCUCUGGCCCUGGCUUCUGCAGACGGUUUACAGAGCUGAAACAUUACAGCGACGAGCUACAGACUGUAGUCUCCCAGCUGCUGAGAGUACGGGCAGUGAGUACAGGGAGCUGUCGGCAUAUUCACACAUCUUACUGACUAGACUGGCUACCAGACCUGGGUUCAAAUACUAUUUGAAAUCUUUCAAAUACUUUGAGUGUUUGGUCUAGCCUGCCAUUUUUUGAAACUAUUAUAUUGUUCCACUGAGCCAGGCAAGCGAAAUCAAGCGAAUAGUAUUUGAACCCAGGUUUGUUAACUAUACUCCCAUACUGUCAGCUGUAACAUACAUUUAACAUUUUAGUCAUUUAGCAGACACUCUUAUCCAGAGCGACUUACAGUUAGUGAGUGCAUACAUUUUCAUACUGGCCCCCCGUGGAAAACGAACACACAACCCUGGCGUUGCAAGCGCCAUGCUCUACCAACUGAGCUACAGACUAGACAUACAGUGAGCAUUAAUACACCUGAGCUGGCCUGGAAGUUGACAUACAUUAGAAGGAUAAAACAUACAGCUGCUCUGUCUGAUAAAAGUGGAUUUGCUGCUGCUGUAACACACACACAACUUAAUGACUAGACUAGGACUAGACAUACAGCUGGUUAUAACACACAGGCUGGCCACACUCAGCAUAUUCACAUUUACUAGACUAGACUGACUACACUAGCACACUGACAGCUGUAACAUACAACUUAGGCUGUGCAUCCCAAAAUGCCGCCUUAUUCCCUACACAAUACAGAAAUUCACACAAAAUAGAACAUAAAAAUAGAAGCAGUGGUAUCAAAGAAACUAUGCGAAAUCUUUCUCCACUCAGAGGGUAGCAGAUCGACUGUAUGGGGUGUACAAAGUGCAUGGAAACUAUGGACGAAUCUUCAGGUAAGAGAAGUGCUGUGUUUGGAAGAAAGGGUGAUGUGUAUUGCUGCUGCACAAUGAACUAUGUAAUGACUUAAUUAGUGUCAAAUACAUAUUUGUUUUAUGUGAAAUAUCUGCUCUGUGCUUGUUGGACAGUGAGUGGAGUGCCAUAGAGAAAGAGAUGGGAGAUGGACUACAAAGUGCUGGCCAUCACAUGGAU